AUGGGCCCCUCCACAUGUACGGCGGUUGGCUCCUUCGGCAAGGAGGAUAUCGUCAUCUCCUCCGGCGAGGAGGACCAGACUCCCCCUCCCCAAGAGCAGCGACCGCCACAACAACUACGCCUCCUCUCGGAGGCCACUCUAAUGGUCGGGAAAUUCACCUGUCAAACGGAGAUAAUGACGGAGCCACCGUCCCUACUGCGCUACCAUGGGAAGUGGGAGCCAGCGUCCCCACUCCAACAGAAAAACUCAUCAAUUUUGCCCCGGAGCAACCCAACUACUGUGAGUACCCGCGACAACACCUUCAAGAAAGGUUCUCGUGUGCAAAAGAAAAGAUUCCCUCAGUCGGGGUCGUUUAACAUCGGAUUUAACGCGCACACAUCAUGGAAAAUUCAUACGGCGUCGAAAUUUGUCGAUGGGUGCAACGACCACCUUAUGGAGAAGGUUCUCGUGCGUUCAGAAUCAAAAAUUACAUUCAGAGGGCUGCAGCUAGGAACAAAAAAGAUAACAUAUACAUCAGCAGACAAACUAGAAAGAAUUGGAUUCGUCAAGGUCCUGCAGAAGAGGAUGAAGGGAUGGGGAGCACGAGAUGAGGGCGGGAGAGGGUUGGAGCCGUGCGACUCGCCAGGAUGUGUGCACACCGGAUUAAUAACGCCUCCGGCUACAUUGAGGGGCGCUAAUUCAUGUGCUUACGGCCCUGUUUGUAAUCCACAUGUACCUGCUCCUGAUUCUGAAAACCUCAUAGUUGUGCCUGGAUGGAAGAACAGGCAAGUGCUCGGCGCAUAUAUUGAACAUGUGCAAUCCGUUGUGGCCAGAGAGAAUAAGCCCGUGGGUGCGCCAAUCUUUGUAACCAGAGAACAACUGGAGUAUGAAGUCAUGAUCGAUCAUGGGGCUAUUCGGACCAGGAUUCAUGGACCUGGCUGGCAGAGGUUUCUUGACGAGUACGCAGUGCGGCCUGGUGACAUGGUGUAUAUAUGCCUUACUCGCGGUGAUGGAAGAUUUUUCGUGGAAGUUGAGAUGGGUGGCAUAAGGCAAACCCCACUUCCUUAUAUCGCUCUGAAUGGCUUAUCCCUUGUGCAUCGCGAGCUCGUCGACCAGUGUGUGUACACUAGGGGGAUACGGUUGGAAUUUCCAGAGAUGAGAAAGAUGAUCAGACGUGCUUUCACCCCCUUGGAAGAUAUAUGUUGCAUCUUUGUACACAAGAUGACUGGUGUUGACAUUAGAGGUGGCUACAUGAGGCUUCCGAAGAAGGCUGUUGAUCUUAUUGAAAGCAAAACGGGCCAUAUGGAUAAUUCAGGGAGUAUUCUGCUGCAUGACGAUACAGGAGCCCUUGUAGCGGCUUCAUUCAAAAAGGCAAACGAUGGCAGACUCGUCAUACAAGGAGGUUUUCCGAAGUGUGUCGGUCAGCUUGAACUGAAGGAAAAUGAUCUUGUUGUCAUCACGUUCCACAGGCGUGGCAUGGACUAUUUAUACAUAGACAUAGAUGCCAUGUUGAACUUGGGAGCAGCUCAUAUAUGCUUGCUCUUUUGUGUACUUCGUCAUGGAUCGGAUUUGUAG